UGUGGUAAAUGGUGCUUAGAAUCGCGUACUGAUUGAUAAUCAUAACGUAUUACAUGGUGGUUCACUGCCGUUCCGGCCUCAUCCCAUCUCAGGUUCUUGCGGCACUCCCACUCUGACUCUGCGUUUGACGAUCCAGUCAACUCGAUGUCUUGUCACUGAUAUAGACCUGUUCAGCCUCCCGCACAUUCUCUAUCAUGGCUACUAACCAGCCUGUGCGCGUCAUCGUACGCCUCCCAUACAACCGUCCCGAGGACCCGCCACCCGACCCUCCUCGGGUAGAAUGGACUCCAGAGAAGGAGCACAUGCUCUGGGAGGUCGUCGACAAGUCCAGCGCGACCAAGGGCGCGACCACAGACUGGGAAGGUCUCGCUGCGCACCUCGAGGUGCCCAUCCCGUACCUCAUCCACCGCACUCGCACGCGCUUCGAAGAGGGCCUCCGCGGGCUGCAAGGCAUCCGCACCGUCUCCACACCCACCGUCCCCUUCUCCCCCGCCGCCCAACAGCCGCCACAAGGCAACGAAUACUUCCCGCGCCUCCCCGAAGUCGCCUCCCGCAGGCUCUCCACCUCUGGGAACGCCUCCCGCCCCCUCGGCGUGCGCGCACGCCUCAGCUCGCUCGGUAGCCUGCGCGCACGGCGCGGAUCGCUCAAUCGGGUCACGAGCCAGCGACUGUCCCUCGUCGGGCAGGCCACCACGAAUGGGAACGGAAAUGGGAAUGCGCUGGCGUCGGGGAGCGGCGGUGUGCAGGUGCGCGCCUCGAAGAAGGUGUCGUCGUCCUCGACGCUCACGCUCCAGGGCCCGCGAAGGAGCCGCGGGAGCCCGCACCGCCCGCUCUCGCCGACAUCAUCGCACGCUGCGUUGGAAGCGGAGGCGGACGAGAUGGGGGACGACGAGGGGAGCGACGGGAGCGACGAGGACGAGGCGGCUAAGAGGGAGGAGGAAGACGAGCGUGAGGCGGAGGCGAAGGAGCUCGAGCGCAAGCUAGAGAAACUGCAGCUGAUGAUGACGACGGACGCGCUUGGGCUGGUGUCCUCGCCCGCUGCGCCGAGGGACAGAGACAAGGGCAAGCAGGUUGCGGAUCGUGGGCGCACACGUCCGCUCUCGUCUUCCAUGGCGUCGCUCUCGAGUGCGCCGCACCGCGCGUCGCGGAGUCAGCAGAGCUUGUCGAGUCUCAGCUCGCGUGGCUCGCCGCACGGAUCUAUACCGUCCAUCCCCUCGUCUCCACCCCGCGCAGAGACUCAUGCACGGCGGUAUUCAUAUGCGGACGCGCGGGUGCCAUACUCGCAGAGACACGAGGAGUCACUCUCGCCCACGUCUUCGUCGCCUCGCGUGGCAUCGCCCAUUCCAAGACACCUGAGCCCACCGGGGCAGUCGCAUAGCCCACCUGCAAUAUCGCCGAACCGGGCUGUGGGACAGACGUACGUGGGCCGGACACCACCCCGAACUAGUGGAGGACUGGGCUGGCGGAUGGACGUGGGAGCUCCCGUGAACGGUGGCAGGGUGAGCUCGCAAGGAAGUGAGGCUUCGAGCUUCAGCGACCUGAGUGAUGCGAGUCUGUCGGCGUCCGCACUCGAGAGUGCAUUGGCAUCAAACAUACGGGGAAACGGUUCACGGCUCUCUUCGUUUGCUCGGAGUCAUCUCACGGGGAAGCGGGGUGUACGAUAGCAUCCUCUGGUGUGCCCUGUUCAGUGCUCGAGAUACCUCCGAUGUGUGUAUAAUAUGAACGUGUGGACAAUGAUCUGCACACCCAGUCCACUUGUACUUACGUAGUCUGCUUGUGUAACUGGUGCCCUAGUGCCUUCUCGCAUGUUCCGCGUAUAGCAUUUGUCAACCGCG